AAGGGGCCUUUUUCACUCACAGGAAGGGCAAGAUGGCCUCACUGAAGACAGGGGACCCUAACAAAAGAAACUACCAACUUUUUUUGUUAUUGUUGAUAUUCACAAACACAAGGUUAGGUUCCAGAGGCUCUUGGGGAUUCCAAUAUUAGAAAACUUGUUUUCAUCUCAUUUGCGUGCUGUGCUCAGAAACUGCACCAGUCUCUUGCCCUCUUCCCUCUCUUUUUGCACAGUUCCUCUGAGCCUUUCCUGGGUGUCAUUUGUUUUCAGAUUCAGCCACCACUCUGCCUUGGUUCUUCAGUGUCAGAGCCCUGGGGUAACCUCUUCAAGAUGGUUCCCCUCAGGGGAGCUGCUCCUUCGCUCUUAAGCAGUGAGAGAUUAGGUUAAUUUCAGUUCUCAUUUUCAUGAACUUUACUUCCUGUUUCUGGUUAAUGCCCUACUUGGGGGCUGUGGGGGAGGCUAGUCUAGAGUUGCAGAAAUGCUGGCAUAUGUGCACCUAUCUCUGGGAGCCAGUGGGGUGAGACGAGAACAGGGCUCAAGGCCUCAGAAAGAGGAAUUGGAAUCCCACCUUGGGGGCGGGCUUGGGGGAGCAGCCAGCACCCUCCACUCCUGUGAUUCUCACCCACCAGUAUCAGGCCUUUACAAGGUACUUGCUCAUCUGUUACAGAAUCUCAGGGCACCAGAGGCCACAGUGCUGGGCAGUGGAGCCAGCCAAGUGCCAGAAUGGCAGGGGACACCUGGGGCUCUUAGCAGGAGGCUCCAGACCUCAGAGGGCAGGGGCUGUGGAUGGGACAACCCACCCCAUCCUUGUUCGUGGUGACUGGUGGUGGGUGGCGCAGGGUGAGAGAGGGCCGGACAUUUGGUGUGUAUGUGUGGUAUGUGUUGGAAGGGCUCUCUGCAGUAGAGAGGGAAGAGGGAAAGGGGAAUUACCCCAUGAACAGCAGCCCCAAGUCUCCAUCCCAGGAAGAGAAACAGAGAUACCCCUUCUCAGGCAUGACAGGAGCCACACUGCAGCCCCUCUUCCUACAAGUGUGCAGGGGCCCCCUUCUCUGCAGAAAAUGUUCCCUUAGGGCCUGGGGGAAGGGGCCUGGGAGGGGGCAUAUGGCAGGGAAUCAGAAUGGGUGUCAGAGAGAGAAGAGGUUCUGCAGUCUCACUGGUAUGACUUUGGGUGAGUUACUUUACUCCCCUAAGCCUCAGUUUUCUUGCUUGAAAUUUUCAGAUAACUCCCCUAAGCCUCAGUUUUCUUGCUUGAAAUUUUCAGAUAACUCCCCUAAGCCUCAGUUUUCUUGCUUGAAAUUUUCAGAUAACUCCCCUAAGCCUCAGUUUUCUUGCUUGAAAUUUUCAGAUAACUCCCCUAAGCCUCAGUUUUCUUGCUUGAAAUUUUCAGAUAACUCCCCUAAGCCUCAGUUUUCUUGCUUGAAAUUUUCAGAUAACUCCCCUAAGCCUCAGUUUUCUUGCUUGAAAUUUUCAGAUAACUCCCCUAAGCCUCAGUUUUCUUGCUUGAAAUUUUCAGAUAACUCCCCUAAGCCUCAGUUUUCUUGCUUGAAAUUUUCAGAUAACUCCCCUAAGCCUCAGUUUUCUUGCUUGAAAUUUUCAGAUAACUCCCCUAAGCCUCAGUUUUCUUGCUUGAAAUUUUCAGAUAAAUGUCUGCUUCACAAGAUUGGUGUGAUAAAUGAGAUAAUACAUGUUAAAAACAAAGCACUUGGCAUGUUGCUAUUUGCCUGAAUGGUUACUAUUUUAAAAGAAAAGUUUGGGGUAUUUGUGGCAGAAGGGAGCAGGGUACUGAGCAAUUAUCACCAAGCCCAGGGAACAAGUGCCAACUAAAACAGGUUUAAUUCACUGCAGCAGCAAGUGACCUUGAGGCUAGGGGCAGGGAGGGAAAGGGGAGAAGUCACAGCUUCCUGCUCCCUCCUUACUGGGAACAGAGCCAGAGAGGACCUGAAUGGGCCUGGGCAUGCCCUUACUUCUGUUCCUGCUCCUGAGUAUUAAGUAGUCCCGCUAACCUCUAUCACUCCACGGCUUUUGCACCUUUCCUGCUCUAGUCUAUGCAGUCAGAAGUCCACAGCAGCCCCUCCUCUUCUCCAAUCCCCAGACCCUAUUUCAAGAGUUAUGGAUCCAGCCCGGCCGGGCGUGGCUCAGCGGUUAAGCAUCGACCUAGGGUCCAGGCGAUCAGGGUUCGAUUC